AUGGAUAUCUAUGCACGUGUUCGGACAAGCAUAACGUCCUGGAAACACGAUACACCUCUUCCAACCGACCUAUCAGCAGAUCCAAAAUUCCAGUCCUGGCACCAGUUCGACCCCAACUCCAAUCAGUGGGAUCCAGUGAGCGCGAAUGAAACUGCAGAACCACCCCGCGCUGAUGAACUAUCAUCCGAUCUAGUUCUCUUGACAUGGAAUAUCGACGCAUUAUCCGAGGGGGCACAAGAACGCGUCACUGAAAUUCUCACAUUCAUCACCAACUUAGAUUCCAAUGUGGACGUAAUAUUCCUGCAAGAAGUCUCACAGCGGGGUUUGCGACUGAUUUUAAGCGACGAGCGUAUUCGUGAAUCGUGGUUCUCAAGUGAACAUGAGAACUCGCCGACAAGACAUUCCUUCACGACAAUGACGCUAGUAUCCAAAGCACGCUUUUCACGACCAGGCCCUGAAAUGAGCAGGUUUGCUCUAGGGCCUGUGUGGAGGGUGGCUUUCCCUAGUCAUUUUCGAAGAGAUGUACUAUUUUGUGAUCUCUUCGUUCCUUCACCUACAGACGCUUCUUCUACCACACGAGUACGGCUCGCAAACGUUCAUCUGGAUUCCCUGCCUAUCAAACCUUCUCACAGACCUCAGCAACUAUCCAUUGUCUCCUCUUUCCUGCGUAGCGCAGGCUGUGGGCUGAUUGCUGGUGACUUCAACCCGGUUCUUGAUGAAGAUGCCGUCCUCAUAGAGUCCAAUGGACUUACAGAUGCAUGGUUGGCCCUUCGUCCUGAAGAACCAGGGUAUACAUGGGGAGCGGAUGGGAAACAGCGAUUUCCGCCGAAUCGGAUGGAUAGAAUUGCGCUGCUUGGUCUUAAAGCGCGUGGAAUUGAAAUAUUGGAGGCUCAGCGAGUGGAGCUGAAUGGACAGGAGAACUCGCAAAGUGAGACGAAUAUUCCAGAGUCCCAGGAGACUGAGCCUAGAGGCAUACCCUGGAGCGAUCAUCAUGCUUUGCUUUGCUCUUUCGUACUUGAAGAGUGA